CCAUUUUCUAAUGGAAAUGACACAUUUAUUAUAAAUUAUUAUGUGAAAGCGAGCCUGAAACGGCAAAGACAACACAAAACCCUUUCUUACUUACUUGACUACAUAACUACCCUUUUUUGCUCAUCAAAAAAAGAUUGCUCCUUUAUCAACUUCAUCCAUGGCUAACAUGAUCACUCUUCUUCUUCAAGGUGUUGAAGUUGAACCACUACCUUUACUCACCACUCUUGUUCUUGGUGUUCUGAUCUUGAUUACCCUCAAAAGAAUUGUCUUUUCCACUAAGAAGAAGAGUGAAUUAUCCAAACUCCCUCCUGUGCCUAGGGUUCCUGGGUUACCUGUGAUAGGGAAUUUGCUGCAAUUGAAAGAGAAGAAGCCUUAUCUGACAUUUACUAAUUGGGCCAAUAUUCAUGGUCCAAUAUAUUCCAUCAAAACAGGUGCUUCAACUCUAGUGGUCCUCAAUACAACUCAUGUUGCCAAAGAGGCAAUGGUGACUAGAUAUUCAUCCAUAUCUACCAGAAAGCUGUCAAGUGCCCUAAAAAUGCUCACUUCUGAUAAGACUAUGGUAGCCAUGAGUGACUAUAAUGAUUUUCAUAAGAUGGUGAAAAAACACAUACUUGGAAAUGUUCUUGGAGCCAAUGCUCAGAAACGACACCGUUGUCACCGAGACACCAUGGCAGAAAAUGUUUCUAGAAAAUUUCAUGCUCAUGUUAAAGACUUUCCUGAUGAAGCUGUGAAUUUUAGGGAGAUAUUUGAGCCUGAACUCUUUGGAAUAGCUUUGAAAGAGGCCUUGGGGAAGGACAUUGAACAGUCAUUAUAUGUGGAGGAGUUAAGUGAGCAUUUGUCAAAGGAAGAUAUAUUCAAAGUUCUAGUGAUUGAUCAAAUGGAGGGAGCCAUUGAGGUGGAUUGGAGAGAUUUCUUCCCCUAUCUUAAAUGGAUUCCCAAUAAGAAGAUCGAAAAUAAAAUCGAAAGAAUGAUUUUUCGAAGAAAAGUAGUGAUGAAAGCCCUUAUUCAAGAGCAAAAAACGCGACUUGCUUCCGGAGAGGAACUAAAUUGCUACAUAGAUUAUUUGCUGUCAGAAGCAAAAACACUGACAGAGGACCAAAUCAGUAUGUUGCUAUGGGAAGUAAUCAUAGAGACAUCAGACACUGCUUUGGUUGCAGCAGAAUGGGCUAUGUAUGAAAUCGCUAAAGAUCCAAAACGACAGGAUCGUCUCUACAGAGAAAUUGUAGAGCUUUGUGGAUCGGAAAAACUAACAGAGGAUAGUUUGUCCAAGCUUCCAUACUUGAUGGCUGUUUUCCAUGAAACUUUGAGGAAACAUUCUCCAGUUCCGAUCAUUCCUUUGCGUUAUGCUCAUGAAGAUACUCAAUUAGGAGGCCACUAUAUUCCUGCUGAUACUGAGAUUGCAAUUAACAUAUACGGGUGUAACAUGGACGAGAAAAAGUGGGAAAGUCCGGAAGAGUGGAAUCCCGAAAGAUUUCUUGAUGAGAAAUUCGAUCCAAUGGAUUUGUACAAAACAAUGACAUUUGGUGCCGGAAAGAGGGUGUGUGCCGGUUCGCUUCAAGCUAUGUUGAUAGUUUGUACUGUAAUUGGUAGAUUGGUUCAAGAGUUUGAGUGGAGACUCAAAGAUGGGGAAAAAGAAGAUGUGGCUACUGUUGGUCUCACCACUCAUAAACUCCACCCCAUGCAUGCCAUUAUCAAUCCAAGGAAAUAAUAAAUUGGGAUAUCAACUUAGAAAGCUCUCUAUGGUACUAGGAUUUUCUAUUAUUGCUAUUUAUAUGAAUAAAUAAGCACAAGUAGUUAAAAUAAAUAAGAAGUUGUUUAUAUAUGUUUUUUUUUUGCAUGUUACAAAUGAUGUAUUUAAUGUGAGACAUAGUUCAUUAUUCC